AUGGCGACAAAAAAUGCGUUCAUCUUGCUGGCGGUGAUGGCAUGCCUCUUGGCAAACGCAACUGCAACGAGGGAGCUCGCCGUCAAAUCAGGAUUCAACGUGCCGGCGAGGGCGGAACCUCGUGGAGGAGGUCUAAUAAACUGCUUCCUUGCACUGAUGGAGUUUCAGUUCUGCUCAGACGAGGUUUUUCUUAUUCCACUCAGAGGCCACGCCAAUCUCAGCCCCGUCUGCUGUCGUGCCAUCACCACCAUCGCAAAUCGGUGCUGGCCUUCCGUGCUCGCUUCCCUUGGUUUCGCCAGGCAGGGCGACGUACAGCUGCAUCGUAUCUGUGGAGCAGCGACAAGCCAUGUCAAGCCUUCGUCCGUCGUUGCCGAUUCACUGCCAAAGCAUCUACCGCCUCGGACUAUUUAG